CUCUCUGUUAUCUUGUUCCGCAAGAUGUCGCCCUCUGCAGGAGCUGAGCUGCCAUCCGAAAUACUAUCAUCCAUCCUGAACCAUAUCAUGCCAGACCUUAAUGAUUACGACUAUUCUGGUCACGAAAAAUGUCGCCUGUUGAAGCACGAGCUCGUUGCACCCAGCCUCGUAUGCAAGUACUGGACAGAAGCGAUUAGGCCCUUCCUUUUCCGACGACUUAUCUUGCGCAGCGCCGAAGACGUACAGUUCCUGAAGAGGAUUGUCUACAAUCCUCAGUUCCCGACAUCGUCUCUAUCCGGGGCCAUUGAGCGGAUAGAUAUUUAUCAGCAGACUACGAAGACCAAGCCCUGGCUUCACCACGUCCAUGGACUUUCGGCCCGACUCCGGCAGACAGUGUUCAUGUGUACCAUCGACAGCCGUUCGGAAGAUACCGCGUCACCGGUUGGCCGUUGGACCCCACUUGAUUCGACACCUAGCGUUACUCCGUCUUAUGUACCGCUUUCCGUCCUUGUCCUCAACGGGCUGGUAUUCACCAGUACAACCGAGCUCGCACGACUCGUCGACAGCUUCGCAACGCUCGUGAACUGUUAUUUUGACGGACUCACCUUCCUCGACUCGCUCCCGAUUGUCCAGUCCCGCAGGAGUCGGCGGCGGUUUUCGUCAGCCCUCGAUGAGUGCGAAAUAUCACGGUGCAAAGAGAUAGACCUUUCCGCCCAAGCAUCACUUGCCUGUGAUCUCCUCGUGGCUGCUGCUCGCUUGGGUCUUGAAGAUCAUCCAUGGAGUGCAGUCCUUCAAGCGUUGUUUACGCUGGUCCCAAGCACGUUUAAUGGAGCGUUUGUGCGGCUUCGCGAUCGGCGCGGCAGGAUGUUUGACAACGCAACAAUUGAUUGCUUUUCACCUGCUCAAGGCGAUUCUGCGGGUAAUUCUAUCGAAGCUGAAGUUGAGGUACGCCGACCAAGCGCGAGCCGGGAUGCGGAGGCUCCGGUUGCGUAUAUCGAGAAGGUUACCCUGCGACUCUCAUUCACGGACGCUGAGGUCGUUGAUCUUCUUCCUUGGGAUGUCUUGCGAACCGUUAUCGAUUCCCCGUUGCUGCAUUGUCUCCGUAUCGAGUCCCGUUGGCGACAAGACGACGAAGGCUACGAGACGACGAGGAGGAUUCUGUGCUCUGUCUUGUGCCGCACGCAGCUGCCCUGGGCCCUUGAAUCAGGCAAGCUGCAGUUCGGGCACCACCACCCGGAUAAAUCUGUUACAAGUGCAGACAUCUUAUCUGUACCGACAGAGCAUACCGUCGAUGAUACCACGAUCACUCUCGACGCCGCCGAGCAGGCAGAAUACCUGCUGCGCAUCUUUCACCCGGAUGGGAGGGAGAAAUACCUGCGGGAGCUUGCGUCUGCGCGGCGCACGAGCGUAGCAUCUGCCCACGGGACCUCCGCAACUGCGCCGUCUACUGCAAGAGGGACCCAGGGUAUAACGAACGUACAAGUCCAGCCUGAGAGGGCAGAGGAAGCCAGUGAACAGGGAGGUGAAGACGGUACAGGGGCAGACAGGGAGGACGACCAGGUGGGCACGGGAAUAGAGAGCUAGGUCGAUGGUGGAUAUCAGACAAUGUGGGAGGCCGUACCGCUGGCCGAGCGGUCGAACUGUGGUUGAAGGCGCGCCCGCAGAGGCCUCUGAGAACUUCAAAAACUGGCGCCCAAUUCGAUGGACGGCGGGAUAAAGCAGCUACGUUGGUGACUGGGCAGAACGGUCGGAAGUGAUCCGUCGAGGAGAGGUACUUGGGCGUCUAUGCUGGACUUACGGCUAAAGGGUCUGACGGCGGGUUACGGCGUAGCCCAAAAAUUACUAUCUGUGGCCCGGACGAUCUGUUCGUGGUUGGUUCGACAUUGUUUUCUUCCCGUCACUUGGUAUCUGAAACUUGCGUAUAGCACAUGUCUCGCUCGUCACUCUUUACAUGAUGUUUCAGUUGUCUCGCAAAACCU